AUGCGCGGCCCCGCCAGCCCCUUACCCAGCUCCGCGCGGAGCCAUGGGAAGGGGUCUCGGCCCCUCGGAAACAAGAAGACUGGUCGGGGAAGCCCUAGCCGAGGGCUCUCCAGGAAGGCCUCGCUAGACAGCCCCGCUCAGGAUAGUACGGGUUCGCCCUCACAGAGUGGGGUCCUCUCUACUGGGAUCCAGGAGAAACGGAAACUGGGUCCGGGGCCCUCCCCGGGGCUGGAGAGAGAUCGGCCCGGUUCUUUUCUCUUUCCUUCCAGCUGCGAUGAGGAUGCCACCCAGACUGCCAAGCGCCGCUGUAUCCGGGUCUCUCCGCUGGCUGCAGAUGGCAGGAAGCUCGUGACCUCCAUUUCCAAGAAGCCUGGCUCAACCCCGUCCAUCAGAAGCCCAGUGCCAUUCCAGGUCCUGCUGGAUGGUGAACCCAUCACCGUGAAUGAGCUGGAGAUGGCCUUCCAGAGAUUCUUUGGUUCCCAGCGGUCAGGGCUGGAGGUCCCGACACUGAAGUGGGUGGAUGGCUCCGUCCUGAAGUCAGACCAGGAGGCCAAUCCCCACCUCUCCUCCCUCACAGCGCAGGCCAGAGGCAGGUCAAAUCCACUGAGCGACAAUGAGGACUUCUGCCUCAUGUCUGCGGUCUCCUCGCCCCGAGCCAUCUCCAUCCACAAGCUGCGGCUCCUGCGGAUUCCCCGAAGAGCCUCGGUCCGACCGAGGGCCCGUCGCCGCCUGUGCUGGGACUCCUGA